AUGGCUCGCUCGUUGGCUGCGUUGCUCAUCGCGAUGCUCGCGGUCCAUUAUGUGGUCUCUUCACCGGCGCCAGUCAAUCCACUGAACCUCAAGAAACAUCACGGAGCCAUGUGCGGUGUGUGCAAGGAACUCGUUAAGGGCGGCGAGGAAAUCGGCGAGGCAGACCUCGACGAAUGGCUCAAUACGAAUAUUGGAACACUUUGCUGGACAUUGCUUCUUGUCAUCCACCACGAGUGUGAGAAAGAACUCAAAGAGGUGAAGAAGGACUUGAAGAAGGCUAUCGAGGACGGAGUCCCACCAGAGAAGGCUUGCAAGGACGUCGACUUGUGCUGA